AUGUUCGAGGCGCAUUCAUACGAGCCUGCCGGUGCACCUCCCGAUGCAGAAGAUAGUACCGGUACAACGGAAUCAGACGCAGGUGCAGAUGAACAUAUACCGAGCAUACAACAGAAGGAUACCGGUGAAGAUAACCAGAGCCUGCCUGCCGCUUUUAAGAGUGCGCACAAAUUUCUGUAUAUUGAUUGCGUCGAGCCCUUGGAAGGGGAAGCUUUGGG